AUGGUCCUCAUCAACGACAAGAAGUAUGCUUGUGCAACCUGUAUCAAAGGACAUCGAGUAUCAGGCUGCACACAUACAGACCGUCCACUCUUCGAAGUCAAGAAGAAGGGACGACCUGCGACGCAAUGUCAGUUCUGUCGCGAGAAGCGCAAGGGUGGCAGUAGCGCCGGCAGCGUACACACCAAGUGUACCUGCGGUGACCUCAAGAAUCAGCAGCCUUCUACCAUCCCUGCAGGUAUGGCCGCAUCCAUGCAGUCGGCCGCCGUUACGCCCUCUCCUCGGGGCACGGAGACUAAAAAGGGGCAGCCUGGAUCGACCCCGACAUUCCCAAACGGUCUUCGCGAUGUACACGAAAUGGCCGCUGCCGCGGAGGCUCUCGCCGGCCUCGGUGGAGAGAACAGUGCGGCUGCUGAACGUGAUCUCCGCAACCUGCUAAACCCUUGCAACUGUCGCACAACUGGAAGGUGUCGCUGCUGUGCUCCGAAGCGUCCUCGUUCGCCUCCCCCUGCUCACAGUCCGGCUCGCCGCCCAAGUGACGCCCAUGCUCAGCCUCCCUCGCACGAUGGUCACUCGGGUUCUACGACGCCCACAACUUUGCGCAGCCUCCCUCACCUCUCGAUGACGUCCGCAAUGCUUGCUUCUCCUGAUAAUCGCCAUCACCCUGCUCACACGUCACCGUAUGUUCACAAGACCAAGCUGUACUCGCCCUACUCCAACGGGCAAUCAAGUCCUCGCCAUGCCAAGUCGCGGAGCGCGUCCGUGUCAUCAGCUUCUACCCCUUGGCCAAGUACAUCCGUUUCGCCCCGGCCCCCUCCCACGCGCCUGCGUCCUCUCACCGACAUGAGCAAGUUCCUCGGUGCCGUGUUCCACGAUGAUGGGUCCGUCGUUUCUCAGGUCCCUCGGUCCGCUCUGGGUCUUCCUGGCAUUCACACUUUUGUUUCUGCCGCUGAAAGUGGUGGCGUCAAGGUUGAGCCAAUGGAGAUGGACGUCGACGUGCCCGUCUCAUUCCCUACGUCUGAGGAAGUUGUGAUCGGCGCGUGUACGUGUGGAGAAGGUUGCCAGUGCUCUGGGUGCGCGACACACGGCAAUCCGAGAUCGACAUCCCCGAAGCAGCAGCACGGACAUGACGGUGCCUGCGGCGACGCUUGCAAGAGCUGCUUCGAUUGUGGCGAUCAAGUCUCAAUCCCUUCGGGCGUCGCAUCGAUCGAGCAGCUUAUCCAGAUUGCAGCCGCUAACGUGCCGAAACCUCUCCGCGCCAACCGUGGUUCAACACUUGACGCUCUAGACACUCGCGUCCUCCCUCCGGCUGCCAACAUGUCUGAGGACGUUGCUCGUGCGUUCGGUGUUGUGCAGCUCAAGCCCCUCGAGUGCUGCAACGGCCGGUGUCAGUGCUCGCCCGGAGAGUGCAAAUGCGAGAAUGACUGCUGCGGUUGCUGCACGGAAUGUAAAUGC